AUGUUCUCAGAAUAUGCCUCUCGUUUCCUUGCACAGUCCCAAUCACGGGUGGUAGCUCACCCUGAGGAUUCUCGCAACAAAGGACAUGGACGCUUCCUACAACAACCGCGAAAUCCAUUCUUACCCUCGCGCCCGUUCUUCCAUAGAAAUACCCUCGAUCCUUACCAGCCUGCCUCAUCUCAAAUAUCCAACUUCCCCUUCGGCUCUCGGAGCCUAGCCCAGCCCGCACCUCUUUUCUAUAGUGCCACCGAUGAGUUUCGAGAAGAGGACGAUGAGAUCGAGCAUGAGCGGGAGAUUGCCGACUUCUAUGCCUUGCAGAAGUCGCGGCGGCAAUUUGGCAGCAGUUAUCUUAAGGAGUCUUCAGAAGCUGACGACGACAACGAUGCAGUGAGCGUGGACGAGCACAACAGCGGGAAAGGCAUUCGGAGCUCUUGGCGUAAUACCAACUCAAACGACAGGGCACAGGAUCUACAUGUUGAACACAUGUGGAAGGCAAGCGAGACGGAAGAUGCAAUGCAUGCCGAGCAAAGCAGCCGCGGAACUAGGGGGAACUUGGUUGAGAUUCGCCUGGAAGAUACAUUGACAUCCAGUGCCAAUACUGGGGGAUCGAUUUCUCCUGGAAUAGGUGAUGAAGACCCACCCUCGGUCCAACGAUUUCGGGAACAGCCCCAAUCCCAGAUGGGAAAUCUCGGAAUAGACUCGUUUCUCAUGCCAAUAGAAUCAGACAACGCAGUAGUGCCGGAACGGUCUCAGCCAUCAAGCCCACCCGGCUCCUAUCAGACGUCGACAGCACCGGUAAGCGCGAGCUCGCCCACUCAUGAUGCCUUUUGGGGCCAAUUGUUCUUGAUAUCUGUGGCCUGUCUCUUUGCUACUUCGUUUCUUGUCUACCUCCAUACUUCCACACCGACCGACGACAAGUCAAAAUGGGGCGAUACGGUCUAUUCGAUGAUGCACAAGUCAUUUUACUUGCUGGGUGUCUAUACCGUCGUUUCGAUAUCCUUAUCUCUGCUAUGGCUCGCGCUUCUACGGUCGUACGUACGUCCGUUGGUUUACGCCGUCAUAGUUGCUGUUCCCGUAAUUUUGUAUUCGUUUUCCCUCUAUCCGUUCAUCUCGAGUUUCGGGGGUGCCUGGCAUGGAUCAAGCGUCCAAGACAAAGCCAUGAGAUGUGGGUCCAUUGUUCCGUUUAUCAUGGCCAGUGCGUGGAUCUACAACGUUGUCCGGGGCCGCCACAAUAUAGGAAGGGCGAUCAAUAUACUCGAAUUUGCAUGCCGCAUCCUUGCUGCUAACCCCGAACUUCUCCUCCUGGGGCUCGGCGUCCUUGUACUCAUUGUCUCAUGGACUUGGCUGUGGAUGCUAUUGUUCACGCGAGUGUUCCUGGGGGGGCAUGUUUCGCGAACAAGGCUCUUUGUGCUCGAUUCAAGCAGCUGGUACCUAGGUGUUUAUUAUGUUUUUGUCUACACAUGGUCCUUGGGGGUCAUUGCUGGUAUCCGACGCACAGUCACAGCUGCAGCAGUGAGUCAGUGGUAUUUCCAUCGCUUUUCAACACCGGCUCCGACCUCCAGGCAAAUAGUUCAGGCUGCAACCCUCCAUACCCUUACAACCCUAUUUGGCACAAUUUGUUUGUCGAGCCUUUUUGCACUCAUGAUUCGACUACCCCUCUUGGUACUCCCGAGUCGCAUUUCCUCCCUCCUGGGUUUCUGUGCCUAUUCUUUUGUCCCAACUCCUAUAACCACCAUCACCGAUCCACUUACUCUCACGUAUGCUUCAAUUCAUUCCCAGCCGCUUGCCGUAUCCGCUCGUGGUUUGGCUCAGAUGACAAAAUUUGCGCCUUCAAUAGCUACGUCAUCUUUGCAUCCACGAUCUUUCUCCUGGUCUCGUGAUAACUCUUCGGCAAUUCUUUCCUAUCAGCUUUCGAAGCUUAUCCUACAUGCUGCUCGGCUCAUGAUGGCUUUAGCGCUGGGGUUUGGUGGCUGGGUGAGCACUGCUCGAAGCCUCAGCGUAUCAAAUGCCAGCGGUCCAAUUCGUGGGAGCAUGUAUGCUUACAUGGUUGGGUUCAUUGCUGGGGCGAUUGGCUGGAGUGUCUUGGGCGCAAUUGAGGGUGUAAUUGCAGACAUUGUCGAUGCAUCUAUUAUCUGCUGGGGCAGUGAAGUUGGAACCUAUGGCAGGGAGGCCAGGUAUUGUCGGGAAGCUGGUUGGCUCUUCGGUGAGGAAGAACCUUGA